AUGAGUUCAUCGUGGACAUUCAAGCAGAACAAGGUGUUCGAGGUGGCGCUAAACAAGUACGACAGGGACGCGCCGGACUUCUUCCAGAACGUGGCGCGGGAAGUUGGCGACGGCAAGUCGGUGGAGGAUGUGAAGAAGCACCUUGCAGAGCUGGUAAAAGACGUGGACGAGAUUCAUACAAACGGUGCCGGCGGCAGCAGCAACAACAACCAAGGCGGUUCCAGCCGCGGUGGCAGCAGCGACGGGCAGAGGUAG